AUGGCCACUCAAGCAACUUCCUCCUCCCCCUCUUCAACUUCAUCUUCUUCUUCUUCUUGCCCUCGAUGGAAAUAUGAUGUGUGCCUCAGUUUUUGCGGUGUUGACACCCGCAUGAAUUUUAUAGAUCAUCUCUAUACUGCUUUAAAACAAAAGAGUAUUAUCACCUUCAGGGAUGAUGAAAGACUUGAGCGAGGAAAGUAUAUUUCUCCAGAGCUCUUGAAAGCAAUAGAAGAGUCCAAGUAUACUAUCAUCGUUCUUUCAACAAAUUAUGCUUCUUCAAGGUGGUGCUUGAUUGAACUAGCAAAAAUUGUUGAAUGCAUGAAAAAGACCAGAUUGACAGUUUUGCCUGUCUUUUAUCAUGUGGAUCCCUCUGACGUAAGGAAUCGGAGAGGCACUCUUGUUGAAGCCUUUGCUAAACAUGAGAAAGAUACCAAAGUUAACACAAAGGAUGUGCAAGCAUGGAAAGCUGCUUCGAGAGAUGUGGGUCAUAUAGCUAGAUGGCAUGUGCAUGAUAGGUAUGAAUCAAAAGUUAUCCAAGAAAUCAUUGGAAGGAUAUGCACUGAGUUGUAUCAUAAAUUCUCAAGUGUUUGUGAGGACCUUGUUGGAAUGGACUCACGUGUGGAGGAAAUGUUGGGUUCAUACUUAGGUGAAGGGUUGGGUGAUGUUCACUUUGUUGGGAUAUGCGGGAUGGGUGGAAUGGGCAAAACAACUCUUGCACAAGAAAUUUAUAGAAGAAUUUCAGGUAACUUUGAAGUUGGUAAGUUUAUUGCUAAUGUUAGAGAAGAAACUAAAAAUCAAGGUCUAGUUUCUUUACAAAAACAACUUCUUUCUAAGACCCUCAUGGAAAGUGAAAUAAAUAUAUCGAAUGUUUAUGAGGGAAUCAAUGUUAUAAGGAAUACAUUAUGUAAUAAAAAGGAUUUUAUUGUUCUUGAUGAUGUGGAUGGAGAAGAACAAUUAGAAGCAUUAGCAGGGAAACAUGAUUGGUUUGGUGCGGGGAGUAGAAUUAUUCUAACAAGUAGAGAUAGUCAUUUCUUGCAAAGAAAUGAAGUGGAUGGUGUAUAUAAAAUUAAAGGGUUGAAUGAUUAUGAAGCUUUGAAGCUUUUUAGUUGGAGCGGUUUUAAGAAACCCCAUCCUAAAGAAAAUUAUGUGGAUUUGUGUAAGUACUUUGUGAACUAUGCUAAAGGCCUUCCUUUAGCUCUUAAAGUUGUAGGUUCUUUGUUGUAUGCUAAAGGAAGGAAUGAAUGGAAAAAUGCCCUAGAUAGACUAAAAGAAGAACCUAAUAGAACCAUUUUGGAUAUACUUCAAAUAAGUUUUGAUGGGUUUACAAAUUCUGAAAAAGGAUUGUUUCUAGAUAUUGCAUGUUUUUUCAAAGGAGAAAAAAAGGAUUGCAAAAGUGAUAUACUGGAAAGUUUUGGUUAUUAUCCAGACUACAAUAUUGGUGUUCUUAAGGACAAAUCUCUCAUAACCAUUAAUGACUAUGGAAUUUUGUGGAUGCAUGAUUUGCUGCAAGAUAUGGGUCAAGAAAUCAUUCGUCGCGAAUCCCCUAGAGAGCCUGGUAGACGUAGUAGGUUGUGGAUUUAUAAGGAUGUCAUUCAUGUAUUGAAGAAUAAUAUUGGAACUGAGGCAGUUGAAGGCAUAAUGAUAAAAGUUCCUAUUCAAAAAAUUCAACACUUGCAUGCUGAAACCUUCUCAAAGAUGAAAAAUUUGAGAUUUCUCAAAAUUGGUGAUGAGAAAUUUCCACAAGACUUCAUAAAUGGUACUAUGCAACUUCCAAAAAGUCUUAAUUAUCUUUCUGACGAGUUACGCAUUGUAGAAUGGCUCGGAUAUCCUUUUAAAUCUAUGCCAACUAGUUUUCAACCAAACAGACUUGUUGAACUUAGAAUGCGUUGCAGCUACAUCAAACAACUGUGGAAAGGAAUUAUGAAUUUAGAUGAGUUAAGACUCAUUGACCUAAGUGACUCCCAAAACUUGAUUGAGAUGCCGGACCUUAGUGGAGCCCCAAAGCUUAAGCAAUUGAUUCUUCAACGUUGUAUAAGACUAUCCAAGAUUCAUGCAUCUCUUGGAAAUCUCAAAUGCCUUAUUCGAUUGGAUCUAAAUGGUUGCAAGAGCCUUGAGAGCCUUACACCUAAGAUCAGCUUGGAAGCACUAGAAAUUCUUGAUCUUGUUGGUUGUUCAAGACUGAAGAAGUUUCCAGAAAUUGUUGGAAAUAUGCCACGUUUGUCAAAACUUUGUUUGAGCGGGACUGCUAUAAAAGAUUUAUCAAUAUCAACAAAGUAUUUAACUGGACUUAUUAAAUUAGAUCUAAGAGACUGUAAAAACCUUUCAAGUCUUUCAAGUGCCUGUUGUUGUUCGAUGUCUCUAAAAAUUCUCACUUUAUCUGGGUGCUCAAAACUUAAUGAACUGCCAGAAGAUUUGGGGAAUAUCAAAGGUCUCAAAGGAGAUGAAGACAUUUAUCGUAUUAUAAUUCCUGGAAGAGAAAUUCCGAAAUGGUUUAGGCAUCAAAGUGUGGGGACUUCAGUGAAUUUACAAGUGCCUUUAGAUAAAUUGAAGGGAGUCGCUGUGUGUGCACUUUUUGUACUCCGCCAACAACAUCCACGUUACCUACUUCAUAAGCUUCAUUGUUACUUGAAAGCCAACGGAGAUGAAAGCCAUAUGUGCUGCAUUUUUGUUUGGGAGAUAUAUGGUAAGAUUGAAUCGUAUCAUCUUUACUUGGGUUACUAUCCCUAUAAAUCAUUCAAUCAGAAAUUGAAAAGUCAAAUAAAUGCUAAUGGAUUGGGUCAAAUUGAGAUUGCACUUAAAACCGAUGGUCCAAGAUUAGAGGUUACAAAAUGUGGGGCCUGUUUGAUAUUUGAAUAG